AAUCGAAAUUGCCUGUUAAUGGAGAGAUAUAACUGUCCCAGUCCUAUAAAUCCAAAUGCAAAAUAUCUUUCCAAUUCCAUAUCGAAUGUUUUGUAUAGCAUUCAGAAAUUAGAUCAAAGAUCGCUUGCCUGGCCAACCUUCCAGAGGAAAAAGGAAGUCGGAAGGAGGAAGGUAGCGUCGACUCCGGAAGUUCCAUUAGCGGAAACUGCAUCAUUUGUGAUCCAAAGUACCAUAUCUCCAAAGUCAAGAUGCAUAUCUAGGGAGGCGAAGAAGAAUACCUUCUAUCAAAUCCUUCAAGCCAGUCAAGAUCAGCCCAAAUUCGAAGAGACUUUCAGAUUCGAACGUAAAAAUAAUGAUAUGAAAUUCAAGUGUGAUUUGAAAGAUGACAGCAUUUACAAUGACAUAUACGACAUAGUAAGGACGCACAUCCAAGACAACAGGUUGCCUCAACAUGAAAAGCAUUCAGAGACACAGAAACCAUUGUCUAGGAAACAUUCUGUGGUGGAGUACUAUAAAGUUAAUUCUCAUCCAACUGAAAAUAUAAUACUAAAUGGAAAAACUCACAAGUCUACUAAACUUCAAGAAAGAACUAAUCAGCUUCUAAGUUCAAAGUCUGAAGUCAAACAGCCAAAAGCGAAAUCUAGAAAAACAAAAACCACAAGGAAAAAGUCCUUAAAGUCCCAACCCAAUUUAAAUGAAGGAACUCAUAGGUCAAAAUCGCCCAAAGGACCAGAGAGCAUCACAAAGAAAAGUAUUAAAAAAGAAAAACCCAAAGCAAGUUCAAAGAUUAAGUCAAAUUUUUCUACCAUCCAGCAUCAUGUUAAAGGUGUCCUAGAAGCCCAAGGAAGUCCUGGAAGCAGCAUUGAAGUAAUGGGAGAUUCCAAACCAAACAUGGACGUUAUGAAAUACUCUUUAAAAAUAAUCCUUAAACCUCGAAAUAAAUUUAGAAAGAGUAGCAAAAGCAAAAUGAAUUCCUCUAAGAAACCUGAAGAACUUCACGAAGAAAGGAAAAAGUUAAAUACUUCAAAAAUAAGUCCACUUCCAUCGGAAGUAAAGUCUCGGACUAAUGGUAUAACUUCAAGAAAAUCCCCAACUAAAAAGUCAAUCACCCCUAUACUUCAAAAAGAAAAAAAAUUGUCCUCCUUAAGUAAAAAAUCUUCCGUUGACCAAGUAGAACAAAUUAUCAAUCCCAAUUGGGAUAUAGAUUCUGUGUUGUCCUUGUCAUUUUUUACAAGGGUCAAUAGAUCGUUUAUUGCUCUUGAAGUGAGUCCUGCGGAGGGCAAUAAAAAUCAACCACUAAUCCAUAACGAAAGUAAGCUGCAGUUAAGUAUCGAUAUUAAGCCAGAAAGUGAAGCCAACACUAGGAUGAACAAGAGCUUAUCAUUUAGUUCUUUAAGACGACCCUCAAAAAAAUUAAAAUUUGAUUAUUUCCAGCCAAUAACAGAGGAUAUCGAACUUGAUGAAAAUUUGGAUAACGUCUCAAUAGCAUCAGGCCUUCUCAACGAUGUGCCGUCUGUUGAAUUUGAAAGUGUGAGGACAGGAAGUGUUAACCCAGAGCUGCGAAAAUCUGAAGAUCACAAAAGUUUUCUGGAAAAGAUGAAAAAACCAAGUAUUGAUUCAGAUUUUCCCGCUGCGGCGUACAAUGAGAAAUUGGGGAGGGUUAAGCAGUAUCUUAGUCAGGAUGAUGUCGGCGUAGAAAACGUUUCAGAUAACUUCUCAAUGGACCUUGAGGGUAUUCCGGAUGGCGAAUUACUGUUUUAUCCAUAUGAUGAAAUAUAUGAAAAGAAGAGUAAUACUUUAGAAUUAAAGAAAGCCUAUGUUAAAAAAAGGAUUAAAACUACUCGUAAACCUACUCCCAAGCCAAAAGAUGAAGGGACUAAAUUCGAAAUUUCUUCAGGAAAAGAAACAGCAUGCAUAAUGUGCCGAACUAUAAAGGGACAUUCUGGGGAGAAAGAAGCACCCUUUCUGGAGAAGAUGAGGAGAGAACGAAAACGACAGGAGUUAUUGGCCUAUCGAGCAAAUAUCGUGACUCAUCAAGAACAUUGUAAGCGAUUAUUAUCCUUUACGCCUCCAAAUCAAUAUGAUAGAACUGAAGGGCCCCUUAGCUUGCAUGAUCUGAAUAGAAAUUAACUUUACUGUCUGGAGAGUAAUAGAAUUAUUUUUGGCAAGGAAAGUAAUUUACCUAAUUUACCGAAGAAAAGUGAAAAAUAUACUUUUCUCAGGGUGUGUAGGUCUAUACUUUCCUAAAGAAAAAUAACUUUAAGAUUCUUAAGUAAUUGCCAAAAAUCACAUUUAUGUAAACAUUUGGAUAUGACAAGAAAGUAUAAUCUAUUUUUCUGACAAAUCCAUUUGUUUAUAUAACAAGUAAAUUUUUGUUUCGCCGAAAUCAAUCUGGUUGAUGGUUUUAAUAAAGUUCACAUAAAACGGAUCAAAAAAAGUUUUAUCUAUACAAGUAUUUUAUUGACUUUCUUAACUUACAGUUUUGGGUG